GAAAAAGAAAAGAUAGUUGGGGUCUUGAAAGGAUUCGUAUGUGACAAGCAUGGACACGCUGUCGUUUCUUACCUAAUCAAAAUCUGACCACAGCUCCGCCACCGGCCAAAUACCAGUCCGCUCCCUCCAUCAAGAAAAAGUUCUUACGAUCACCGGUCAACCACCCAAAACCCAAGCUCGAAUCCAGACCCACUCCGCCUUCUAAUUCUCUCAUGGGUCUUGCUGGCGGACCCACCGACAAUGACACCGACUCCGAAUCCUCCCUAUUGCUACCCGACGCGGCCUCCGCUUCAAGUCCGGCCAUCUCUCAAAAUGUCCCAAAAGACACUUUCCACUUGGCCUACAUAAUCUACUUUACACUCGGCCUUGGCUUUCUUCUCCCGUGGAAUGCCUUCAUCACCGCUGUCGAUUACUUCUCCUACAUCUAUCCCGGGGUUUCAGUUGACCGCAUAUUCGCCGUGGCUUACAUGGUGGUGGGACUCUGCUGCCUUUUGGUGAUCGUCUUUUACGCCCAUGUAGCCGAUGCUUAUGUUAGGAUAAAUGCGGGCCUGGCCCUCUUCGUCGUUUCUCUGUUGGUUGUCCCGAUUAUGGAUGCGGUUUAUAUAAAGGGUCGGGUCGGGUUGAGUGAUGGGUUUGAUGUGACGGUCGUGGCGAUUGCGCUUUCCGGCAUGGCUGAUGCGUUGGUCCAAGGUGGGCUUAUUGGGGCUGCUGGAGGGUUGCCUGAGAGGUAUAUGCAGGCUGUUGUUGCUGGUACUGCUGGUUCUGGAGUCCUGGUUUCAUUUCUAAGGAUCAUAACCAAAUCUGUAUAUACACAAGAUGAACAUGGCCUCAGAAAAAGUGCAAAUCUCUAUUUCGCUGUUGGGAUUGUGGUUAUGGCCAUAUGUAUUCUGUUUUACAAUGUGGCGCAUCACCUUCCUGUGAUCAAGUACUAUACAGAUUUGAAAAUUCAGGCUGUGAAUGAGGAAAAGAAGGAGAAAGGGUCCCUAACUGGGGCUCAGUGGAGAUCAACCUUGUUGGAGAUUAUUGGGAGUGUCAAAUGGUAUGGGAUUGGGAUCCUGCUCAUUUAUAUUGUGACGUUGUCGAUAUUUCCGGGCUAUAUAACAGAGGAUGUGCACUCUGAGACUCUCAAGGACUGGUAUGCAAUCCUUCUCAUUACCGGCUACAAUGUGUUUGAUCUGGUUGGCAAGUCUUUGACUGCAGUCUAUAUGAUGGAGAAUGCCAAACUUGCCAUUGGUGGUUGUUUUGCAAGACUGCUCUUUUUCCCUUUGUUCUUAGGCUGCUUGCAUGGUCCUAAAUUCUUUCGAACCGAGAUCCCAGUAACAAUCCUGACUUGUCUUUUGGGUCUUACUAAUGGCUACUUGACAAGUGUUCUAAUGAUUUUGGCUCCCAAAGUUGUCCCAAUACAGCAUGCAGAGACUGCUGGGAUUGUAAUUGUUUUGUUCCUAGUUGUUGGUCUGGCUGCUGGAUCAAUUGUAGCUUGGUUUUGGGUGAUCUGACAGCAAUCAUUGAUUAUGCCAUCCCACGAUCUGGGUUGGGAAAGUCUCCAAUCUGUAAAGCUCUGUAAACUUAUUGUUAAUUAAAUGUUUUAAUGCAAUUAAUGGUGAAUUGUACUAAUUGAGAGGCUAGGCUGCCUCUCCCUGGAUUCAUUGAAGACCAAUAAAUGGUACCAUGCAAUGUGUUUUAA